AUGGAAUCCGCCGGGGCGUUCGACGCCAUCUCGCCCGAUCUCGCGUGCGUCGUCCUGUCGCACGUCGAGAACUUGAAGGACCGCUUCUCGCUGGCGCGCGUGAACCGCGCGUUCUUCGAAGCUUCGAAGCGAGACGCGAGCCUUCCGCCCCCGGACGUGUUGUUCCAGUUCGCCCGCGAGUCCGACAUAGCGGGUCAGCACGAGCGGGAAGUGGCCUGGCUGAAGAAAGCUGCGGCUAGGGACCAGGUCGAAGCGCUGGCCCUCCUCGGGGCGUACUAUAGCGAGGGCAUGCACGGCGUGGAAAUAGACGACGCCGCCGCGUUCCGUCUCUGUAAAAGGGCCACGGAGCUCGACCACGAAGGAAGUGAGUUAUACAGAAUAUCCAUAGGUCACCUUGGCGAAUGCUACGUAGAAGGCAAUGGCGUCGAGCAAGACAUUGCGAAGGGCGUUGAACUCGUGCGUAAAGCGGCUGACUUGGGCGAGAUCGAGUCUAUGCUGAGCAUGGCGAGUUAUCACAGCGAAGGCACGCACGGCGUGGAAAAAGAUACGACGAAAGCGCGCUACCUUGCCGUGCGCGCGUUACAAAGCGGAUACAUUAACCAUAUAAAGACGCCGGAAGAUCUUGCGAGAUUGUGCGCAAUCUUCCGUAGUGCAGGAGCCCAUGUUGAUUUCGACCUGGACAAUCAGUUGGUGGCGAUCGGCCUGGACAAUCGGUUGAUCACGAUCGGCAUUACGAGUAGUCCCGGGUGA